CUGUCUUAGCGGAGUCAGUGUGGAAGCAGCUGUUGAAAAGACUAGAAGGACUGUAUCUCCCAAUUUCACAUGAGCUUUCUUGCUACAAACUACUGAGAUGAAGAGAGCAAAGCUAUUUAUUCUGCUUUCUAGUUUAUGGAAUGGGGGCUUUGGGCUUAUCAACACCACGCAUACUUGGACUACCCCUGAGGAUGCAAGCUCCCAGGAGAACAUGGCCUCUGCUACGGUUUCUCUAAAUAAAAUGCUUCCAACCCCUCAGAUCAUGUCGGCUGAGAUAGCUACAAUUCCUGAGGCAAGAACCUUUGAAAAGAGUCUUCUAAAAUCAACAAAGCCUCCCUCAAAAACAGGCACACCUCCUGAGGGUGUGGGAAACCAAACUCUCACACCCCCAGAGAAGACAGAAGGGGCGCUGAAGUUACAGCCUCUUGCCCUCCCAACCAAACCUAGCCUCAAGUUCAGCCCAAGAGCAGAGUCAGUAGUCCUUUCCAACUCUACAAUGAAAUUUCUUCAGAGCUUUGCCAGAAAGUCGAAUCAACAAGUCAUCUCUCCCAACGCAGUUGCAGGCGACCUGGGAAAUCGGUCCCCACGGGAAACAUACCUCAGCAGAGGUGACAGCAGUGGAAGCCAGAAAACCAACUACCAAAAAUCAAGUUUUGAAACAACUAGAGGAAAGAAUUGGUGUGCUUAUGUACAUACCAGAUUAUCUCCCACAGUGAUACUAGACAACCAAGUCACUUAUAUUCCAAGUGGGAGAGGGUCCUGUGGCUGGGCGAGUGGAUCUUGUCCUCAGAGAUCUCAGAAGAUAUCAAAUCCUGUCUACAGGAUGCAACAUAAAAUAGUUACCUCAUUGGAAUGGAAGUGUUGUCCUGGAUUCAGUGGAGCAAAAUGUCAGCUAAAAGCCCAGGAACAGCAGCACCUGAUACACAGCAACCAGGCUGAGAGUCACACCGCUGUUGGCAGAGAGAUCCCUGAGCAGCCGCAAGGGCAAGACUGCGGUGACCCAGCAGUGACACAAAAGAUGACCGAGCAGAUGAACUACCAGGCAAUGAAACUGACCCUUCUUCAGAAGAAGAUUGACAAUAUUUCUUCAGCUGUGAGUGAUGUAAGAAACACAUACUCCUCCCUAGAGGGGAAAAUCAAUGAAGAUAAAAACAGAGAAUUUCAAUCUUUUCUAAAAGGCCUAAAAUCCAAAAGCAUUAAUGAUCUGGUAAAGAACAUAGUAAGAGAGCAAUUUAAAAUAUUUCAAAAUGACAUGCAAGAGACAAUAGCACAGCUCUUUAAGACUGUAUCAAGCUUAUCAGAGGACCUUGAAAACACCAGACAAAUAAUUCGACAGGUUAAUGAAUCUGUGGUUUUAAUAGCAGUCCAGCAAAAGUCUGUUUUAAUGCAAGAAAACAGGCCCACUUUGACUGAUGUACUAGAUCUAAAAAAUCGCAUUGUGAAUAUAAGGCAAGAAAUUACUGUCACUUGUGAGAAGCCUAUUAAAGAACUAGAAGCAAAGCAAGCUCACUUAGAAGGUGCUUUAGAACAGGAAUAUUCACGGAGCAUUUUGUAUUAUGAAUCCCUCAACAAGACUCUGUCUAAAAUGAAGGAAGUACACGAGCAGCUUUUAUCAAUGGAACAAGUAUCAGAUCAGAAGGGAGUUCCAACUGCUGAGUCAGUUCACAGUAAUGUCACUGAGUACAUGUCUGCUCUACAAGAGAACAUAAAGAAGCAGAGUUUGAUGAUGCUGCACAUGUUUGAUGAUUUGCACAUCCAAGACAGCAAGAUUAACAAUCUCACCAUUGCUUUGGAGAUGGAGAAGGAGUCUAUUAGGGGUGAAUGUGAAGACAUGUUAUCUAAGUGCAGAAAUGAUUUUAAAUUUCAAAUUAAGGACACAGAAGAGAAUUUACAAGUUUUAAACCAAACACUGGCUGAAGUCCUCUUUCCAAUGGACAAUAAGAUGGAUAAAAUGAAUGAGCAGCUAAAUGAUUUGACUUAUGAUAUGGAGAUCCUUCAACCCUUGCUUGAGCGGGCAACACCUUUUAGAGAGACAGUGGUGCAAGAACCACCAAAGGAAGCAAUAGCUACAAGGAAGAAAGUGGAAAACCUGAUAAGUGCUGUCAACAGUCUAAAUAUUCUUAUCAAAGAACUUUCAAAAAGACACAACUCACUUAGGAAUGAAGUACAGAGUCGUAGUGAUGCCUUGGACAGGCGUAUCAGUGAAUAUGCCUCAGAAAUGGAAGAUGGCCUAAAUAAGACAAUGAUUAUUAUAAAUAAUGCCAUUGAUUUCAUUCAGGAUAACUACAUGCUAAAAGAGGCUUUAAAUUCAAUAAAGUAUAAUCCCGAAGUCCAUCAUCAAUGUACCCAAAAUAUGGAAACUAUUUUGACAUUUAUUUCUCAAUUCCAACACUUGAAUGAUUCCAUUCAGAUGUUGGUCAAUGAUGAUCAGAGAUACAACUUUGUUUUGCAAGUUGCCAAGAUCCUUGCAAAUAUGCCUAAGGAGGAAAACCUAAGUCAGUCCAGCUUUCAAAAGAUUUAUCAAAUGUUCAAUGAAACCACCUCCCAAGUGAUAAAAUACCAGCAAAAUAUGAGUCAUUUGGAGGAAAAAAUGCUUUCAGCCACAAAUAUUUCCAAAAAUUUUGAAACUAGGUUGCAAGGUAUUGAGACUAAAGUGGCCAAGACACUCAUACCUUAUUAUGUUUCACUUAAAAAAGGCAGUGUGACCACAAAUGAAAGAGACCAGGCUCUUCAACUGCAGGUACUGACUUCCAGAUUUAAGGCGUUGGAAGCAAAAUCCAUCCACCUCUCGGUUCACCUCACUGCACUUAACAAAACUCUGUCUGAAGUCUUACUCAUGUGUCAUAAUGCUUCUACACGUAUCUCAGAACUGAAUGCAAGCAUACCUAAGCGGAUAGAAACUUCCCAACCUGAUCUUCAGCUUCUUCAGAAAGGCCUGACAGAAUUUGUGGAAUCGGUAAUUGAAAUAAAAUCUCAAAUCGCCAUAUCUAAUUUAACUUGGUAUAUAAAUCAAACACUGUCUGGUAGUCUUGCCAAUGUUGCCAAGUCUCAGAAGCAAAUAAAACCAGUGCUGAAGAAACCCAGUUCACUUAAAAAACCAACAGUGAAUCUGACCACUGUCCUGAUAGGCCGGUCCCAAAGAAACACAGACAACCUUCUAGUUCCUGCAACAGAGGCGUAUUCAGACUGUAGCAGGUCCCCAUGCCAGAACGGGGGCACGUGUAUAAAUGGAAGAGGGAGCUCAGUCUGCGCCUGCCGGCAUCCCUUCACGGGUGACAACUGCACCGUCAAGCUGGUGCAAGAAAACGCUUUAGCGCCAGAUUUUUCCAAAGGAUCUUAUAGAUAUGCACCGAUGGUGGCCUUUUUUGCAUCUCACACAUAUGGAAUGUCGAUGCCUGGUCCUAUCCUAUUUAAUAAUUUGGACGUCAAUUAUGGAUCUUCAUAUACACCAAGAACUGGAAAAUUCAGAAUUCCUUAUCUUGGGGUGUAUGUGUUUAAAUAUACCAUUGAGUCAUUUAGUGCCCAUAUCUCUGGAUUUUUAGUGGUUGAUGGAAGAGACAAGCUUGCGUUUGAGUCUGAGAAUAUUAACGGUGAAAUACGCUGUGACAGGGUUUUAACUGGGGAUGCUUUAUUAGAGUUAAAUUAUGGGCAGGAAGUGUGGUUACGACUUGUAAAAGGAACGAUUCCCGCCAAAUUUCCCCCUGCCACAACAUUUAGUGGUUACUUGUUAUACCGUACAUAAAUUAGUAAGAAAGACAGACUAUCACCUUUCUUAAGAAGGAGCCAGUGUUUUAUUUAUCUUUGCCUGCACAUCUGCUCUGUUUUUGUCUUUUCUACAUGAAAUGAAAAUCAGCUUCUUUUUUAAUCUGAGUAAGGCUGUAAGUUUGUCUAUGUCAUAAGGUUAUUUGAAUAUCUUUUGAAUAACCUGUAUACAAUGAAGUUCUUGCUUCUAAUGAGAUUUAGGGGCAGAAAAAACAAAGUGUGUUUUAACAAAUAUUUUAACAUAAUGGUUCUUAUUCUCUCAUGUUAAGUCAUUUAACAUAAGGUAAUCCGAUUAAAUGGCAAUCAUUCAAUUUUGUCAGUCACAGUAGUCCUUCCAAUAAAAUGCUUACCUCUUGUUAUUCACUAUGUAUAUAAAUAUAUAACAUAUAUUUCCAAAAUUCACAAUUCAAAUAAAUUACUCAAAGACCAA